GCUGGGCCCGCUCGCCAGCCCUCCUCGCCCAUCGGUCCAGCCCCGCGCCUGCCGCCGAGGCUCCACCUUAAGAAGGGGGCAGCCGCCGCUGUCAGCCCGCACAGGGGAAAGUCGGCGAGCAGCCGAGGCGGCAGCUGCCGGUGCAGCCGCCCGCCCCGGCCAACUCCGCCGCCGCCCCCGCCGCCCCCCGGGCGCCUCCUCUCCAAGGAGGCAGUUGCUGAAUGGAUGCUCCCGGCUCGGCUGCUGUGAAGCUCAUGGACGUGCUGCCCGCGGGGCCGUGGGGCCGGCGCCUGCAGGACAAGAGCCCGCCGCCUCCCUCGCAGCGCUGAUGUGACCGCGGCGGCUGGCCGGGCCCCGCGGCGAGGAGCCCAGACAGCUUCGGGUGCCGCGGCACGGCUCCAGCGCGGCGGCUCGCCCCCCGUCCGCGGUGCCGCCGCCGCCGCGCGGCCGCCUCAACGAUGAGCGAUGGCGGCUGGAUCUCGCUCAGCCCCGCGGAGUUCGCCCAGCUCCAGCAGUACACGGACUACUCCACCAAGAAGCUCAAGGAUGUCCUGGAGGAGUUCCAUGGGGACGGCGUCCUUGCCAGGUACAACCCAGAACAGCCUAUCGACUACGAGGGCUUUCACCUCUUCAUGAAGACGUACCUGGAGGUGGAUGUACCCGAGGAGCUUUGCCAACAUCUCUUCAUGUCCUUCAAGCGCAAGAUAAGCCAAGCGUCCCCCGAGGCCCAGCACCAGAGCCCCGGCGUCUCACAGCCCAACGCGCUAGAGCCAAAGUCACUUGAUGCCGGCAUCUCCAUCCAGACCGAGGUGGCCUGCGCCCCUGUCACAGGGAUCAAUGGGAAAACGCUUUUAAGUGCCCUGGGACGACACACUCCUGAGUCCAAGAGCUCCCAUGGCAACGCAGCUGAGCCACAACCAGCGUCUCUGACCCCAGCAUCAAUACCCAAUGCCUCUCCCAGCUGGUCCAGGUCAUCCUCCCAGAAAUCCACCACUGGCACCCCUUCUGCUCACAACUCCUCAGGGUCUUCAAAGAUCUCCUCUGGGUCACUGCUCAGCCCUCAGUCACCAGGCUCAAGGGGCUUGGAGAAGAGGUUACCCUUCAGCCUCCGGAAGAGCCACAACUCCCUGAGAGCUGCCACUCCACAUCCCCCGGCACCCCUGGCUCAGGUGGUCUACCUUAAAGACAUUGUCUGCUACCUCUCACUGCUGGAGAGGGGACGGGCAGAGGACAAGCUGGAAUUUAUGUUUCGCCUUUACGACACAGAUGGAAAUGGCCUCCUGGACAGCUCGGAGCUGGAUCGUAUUAUCAAUCAGAUGGUGCACGUGGCGGAGUACCUGGAGUGGGACUCCACAGAGCUGAAGCCUAUCUUGAAAGCGAUGAUGGAGGAGAUAGACUAUGACCACGAUGGGAACGUGACGCUAGAGGAGUGGAUUCGGGGCGGCAUGACCACCAUCCCCUUGCUGGUCCUCUUGGGCAUGGAGACGAACGUGAAGGACGAUGGGCAGCAUGCCUGGAGGCUGAAGCACUUCAAGAAACCCGCCUACUGCAACUUCUGCCGCACCAUGCUGCUGGGGGUCCGCAAGCAGGGCCUGUGCUGCUCCUUCUGUAAAUACACUGUCCAUGAGAGGUGCGUGUCCAAAGAUAUCGCCUCGUGCAUCAGCACAUAUGUGAAAUCCAAGAGAAACACGAACGUGAUGCAGCACACCUGGAUUGAGGGCAAUUCCCCUGUCAAGUGUGACAGAUGCCACAAGAGCAUCAAGUGCUACCAGGGCAUCACUGGCCUGCACUGUGUCUGGUGCCAAAUCACCCUUCACAACAAAUGUGCCUCCCACGUGAAGCCCGAGUGUGACGGGGGCCUGCUGCGGGACCACAUUUUGCUGCCUUCCUACAUCUGCCCAGUGGUUUUGGACAGGCAAUCCCAUUCCAGGAAAUCGGAGAGCGACUCUCCUGCCAGCACCAGCCCCGAGGACAACCACCAAAGCUUCAAGUUCAACUCCACCACGGACGGGCAAGGCCUGCAGAUCAGCCCCAGGCCUGGGACACACCCCCUGCUCGUGUUUGUGAAUCCCAAGAGUGGAGGAAGGCAAGGAGAGCGGGUCCUCCGGAAAUUUCACUACCUACUCAACCCACGGCAAGUGUACAACCUGGACCGUGGAGGGCCUGCUCCAGGGCUGAGCUUCUUCCGGGACACUCCAGAUUUCCGCAUCCUGGCCUGCGGAGGGGACGGCACUGUAGGCUGGAUCUUGGACUGCAUAGACAAAGCAAACCUGCUGAAGCACCCGCCCGUGGCUGUGCUGCCACUGGGAACAGGCAAUGACCUCGCCAGGUGCCUGCGCUGGGGAGGAGGUUAUGAAGGAGGCAACCUGAUGAAAGUGCUGAAAGAUAUCGAGCACAGCACUGAGGUGAUGCUGGACCGCUGGCAGAUAGAUGUAAUUCCCAGUGACAGAGAGGCACGCGGGGACCCUGUCCCGUACAGCAUCAUCAACAACUACUUCUCAAUAGGAGUGGAUGCCUCCAUCGCGCACCGGUUCCACGUGAUGCGAGAAAAGCACCCAGAGAAAUUCAAUAGCAGGAUGAAGAACAAGCUGUGGUACUUUGAAUUCGGCACAUCAGAAACCUUUGCGGCCACCUGCAAGAAGCUCCACGACUAUGUCGAGGUGGAGUGUGACGGGACCCUGCUGGACCUGAGCAACACUUCCCUGGAAGGCAUCGCUGUCCUCAACAUCCCCAGCAUGUACGGAGGCUCCAACCUCUGGGGUGAGACCAAGAAGCAGCGCGGCUACAACCGGGUGGGCAAGAAAGCACCUGAGAAGCUGCACUCAACGGUGGUCACGGAUGCCAAGGAGCUCAAGUUUUGUGUGCAAGACCUCAGCGACCACCUCCUGGAGGUGGUGGGGCUGGAGGGGGCAAUGGAGAUGGGGCAGAUCUACACAGGACUGAAGAGUGCUGGGAAGAGACUGGCCCAGUGUUCAUCCGUCACCAUCAGGACGUCCAAGCUGCUGCCCAUGCAGGUGGAUGGGGAGCCCUGGAUGCAGCCGUCUUGCACAGUCAAAAUUACGCACAAAAGCCAAGUGCCGAUGCUGCUGGGCCCUCCUCAGAAGAGCAGCUUCUUCUUCCUGAAGCGGAGAAACCGAACUCGCGAUUAAACGGUGCGCGAGGAGCCGCAGCCCAGCGAUGGGCUGUCCCACCCCGGCAGGGAGGGCAGCGAGGACACCCCCCCCAGCCUCCAAACCUUCAUCUCCGCAGCGCUCCCGACUCCUCUCUCUGCUUCGGAAACGUCUGCCUGGACGCAGCGUUUUGAGCAGCUCCGAAGGCCUCCGCGGGAAACCACGCAGGGGCUCCACGGGACCUGGCACCCACGUGCCCGCCCGGCCCCAUGGCGGUCAUUUGUCCUGGGAAGGUCUUGGAGGCUCCUUCUCAACCACCGCGAGCGUUUUCUCCAGCCUGCAUCGCAACGGCUUGCAAAGGCAGCCUGAAGUGCAGGGAGGGCGUUUGCUGGAGCAGAGUUCAGACUGAUUAUUUCCCUUUAUUUAAACAACUCCCCCCUGGCAGAGUUGCAAACGAAGCCAGUCCUGAGAAAAAAACGAGCUUCACUUAUUUAUUUUUAAUCCUCUUGGAGGACACUUGAUGUUUUUGCUGCACUGGCUUUCUGUCCACCAAAGCGGCACAUUUGAGAAGUUAUUUAUUUUCUUAGCCUAGAGGAGAUGGUAUUCUGAGCCUCGCUUCCCUAGCCGUUAUCGGAGCAGGUUUUCAACACCUUCAGCUAGCUUCGCUGGUUCGUUUUUUUAAGCAGAUGCAAAUCCGUCGUUCGCUGUCCGCCCUGGGAGCUGCCGCAGGAGAGGGGAGGACACACGGCACGGGGCGGGCUGUGCAGGGAGAGCCCUUGCCAAGCACGCAGGGACAAGCUCAGGGUAAACAGGAGGAGGCCACGCUUUGAGGUGGGAAGGGCAAAAAGGGAACCUCAUGGCCAGCCGCCAUCCUCCGGGAACCCCGCUCGGCAGGGCUGGGUUCGGACCUCACGGCUGUGUUCGUAUUUAUGUAUUUAUUUCGCAGACUCUUUGGGGGUCGUUUUUCCUUUAGGAGGAAAGGCUCGGCAGGGAUGCCGCCUCCCGCUUUGUCCGCCGGCCCCGCGCGGCACCUGGGGGACCUCGCUCGCUCGAGGAGCUCUGCAGAGUUUCCUGUCUCCCAGCAGCCAGAGGAGCCCAAGGGAGGGCUUCCCACCCGCGCAGAGGGCUAGAAACCCUCGGGACGGACAGCCAGAAGGAUGUCGCCCGCAACAGCGAGGGCACAUGUUCUGGGAGCCCGGCAGCCGAGUCUGAGCCAGCUUUGAGGUGGCCACAGGCUUUGGAGGAAUUGCUUUGUACAAGGCGACUUUCAGUCCCUCUCAAGGAUGUCCCUGGCCUUGCGAGGGGACACGACGCUUCUUUGCAGGGACGCUUUAAGGUACUAAAGCCCAAGCCCUGCCACUGCCGGAGCUGCAAUUGGCCGCUGUGUUUGCAAGGCAAGAAAUCCUGGCGAAGCGCUGCCCUCCCGGCUGGAGCAGCAGAAGCUUUUCUCACUUGCAGAAGUGUCUCCAUUUUAAAGCCUCUCCAGCCAGGACGGCGCUUUCCAAGCAGGCAGCUCGUGCUGCCUCGAACGCUCUCGGAUUACUGCACGGAGCCCGGUGGGAGCAGCUCGCCCUUGCUUUGCACAAAGCCAGUGCUCUCGCUCACCCGUCCCAAAGCAAACAAGCUCCCGGGCAAGCGCAGCUCCCACGAGCUGCCGCCCGCCUCCGGGUGCACAUGGGCACUCACCUCCCCGUGGGUUUUCACCAGCUGGUUUCUCUCCGGUCUGGUGACCGGGGGGUGUGAGCCCGGCCAACGCCUUCGAAAUGCACGUGCGGACAUUGGUGACCUCCCCGCUGUGUUUGUCACCUGGGCCAGGUGCCCGUUCUCCCUCCCUGGCUCAGCGCGAGGCCUGGCAGCUAGCGCAGGCGGCAGGGAGCGCGUUUGACACCCCGCGCUUUUCCCAGGACCUGCCGGGGGCCGGAAAACACAUCCUCAGGGGGGACAUGGUGAUCCAGAUGCGUCCCCUGCUGCACGGCACUCCGGAGAGCUGGGAGCUGGCAGCACAGACGCACAGAGGGGGCCGAUGGUCUCUUCUACAGACCCCCGCUGCCCACCAUGGGGGCCCUCUGCGGGGCUGCGGGGACUUCUGUGAGCACCCUGGCCCGGCUCCAGAAACCAGCAGCAAUCAGCCUCCCCUGGGCCCCGCUGAGUCCCCUGUGCUGCUGGGAGCAAAGCAGGAGCAUGAGGUUUGCCCCUCCUGAACCUCAUGGCACCUCCGCUGGCAGGAAACUCCUGCACCUCCGCUUCUUGCCCCGGGACAUGCCUCUGCCACGGAGCGAGGAGCCCUAGCCAGGAUGAGCCACGAUCUCCUGGUGUCACAACACCCGGGCCCUGUUCAUGCUGGAGAUGCCCAUUUCAUAGCAUUACACGGCAGUGCAGAGGGGUGCUGCCAUCAUUAUGUUUCAGAGUUAACAGCCAGUGAGCUCAAAGGGGCUGUUUAUCAUCCUCCUCAAGGCAUGGACAGUACAGCCAUGGGCACGUUGGAAGCCCACGGAGAAAACUUCUGUGCAAGCGUUACCUUGGGGCCUGUUUCUGGCAGAAGCCGUAGGGAGGAGGCUGACACAGGAGGAGGCGGCGGUGCCCCAGGGGAGCCCCCAGCCACGAUCCCACCUCUCCAAGUGGCAGGAUAUGGGAAAGCCCCCAUGGAGCAGCACCCUCUCCCACGCAACGGGUCAGGCCCCAGCCCCAGCCCCCAGCAGGCCCCGGAUGAGCUCUCAGGCCGAGCGAGGCGAGGCGAGGGCAGGCGAGACGCAGGGGCCGGCUUCGGUGCCCACCGCGGCCGAGCCGUCCGCCCGCUCGGGACGGGUCUUUGCUGCUCUGGGCCUCUUCCCGCCUGCCCGGCCCUUCUCCCCCAGCUGAGGGCGAGUUUCCAAGCUUUGGAGCCCUUUCCGGCCGUGCCACCACCGGGUGCCCCUUUCGCCCAGCGCGCACCCCUGGGCUCCGUGCUGGUGGCAGCGCCAUCCCACGCGGACAUACCCGGGAGCGCGCUCGCCGGCGAGCAGUGUAAAUAGCUACGAAGCCAACAGGAGGAGGAUGGAGGCAGCUGGUCAGUAGUAGCAGGCAAAAGCGUAUGGCAUCGAUGAUGAAAUGAACCCUGGUUCCCACGAAGCAGCAGCAGUCGCCCUCCCGAUGUCACCUGAGCACCCUGGCACUUGGGGCGGGUUGAAGAAGAAACUCGGCCGUCUCCAAACCUCCGCCUGCCAGUUCUUCUCGCCAGGGAAAGGCCUGCCCUGUUGGAUGCGUGUGACGACACCCAUGAGACCAGCGGCAUUUCCAGAAGGAGACUCGGCUCCCUUUCCCCAUCUACCUGGACUCGUUGUUUUAAAAUGUGGUCAGAAAGUGCCUGCGUGCAAACAGCGACUUUUCCUGCGGUAAAUCUGCUCCUUGCACACGUUUGCGGUUGGAGAGGCUCCCGCUUUGUGCUCCCUGCUUUCUGCCGCGGCUUUCGCAGUGGCGGUGGCAGAGGUCGGGGUCCGCGGGGUCUCGUAGGGCGCCGCGAGGCUGGUGAGCACUCGGGUCGCGCUCCAGGGCCGCCAGCCCGGCCGGUGGGACCGCGCUGUGCCGGCAGGCCCCGUCCGCGAAAGGGCCACGGGCCCCGAUGGAGGCGGCCCCUUCUGGCAUCCGACGUGACGACCCCCCCCAAAUGCGUCCGCCAGGACAGAGCGGGACCCCCCCCAAAACCACCCGCAGAACCCCCCGGGGCGGGCGCUGGGGCGGGCAGUGCCCCCGCCGCAGCCCUGUCCCCGCCGCGCCGCCCCCGCCUCCCGCCGUGCCCGUAGCCGUGGUCGCCUGCAUGGAAGUGGCGUGGCGUUCGUAGCGUAGCGCGUGUUGCCGUGUGCGUCCGGACUGCUGUGGGCUUACGUCAAAUAAAGAUGGUGAUGAAGCGCU